CCCGGGAGCGAGUGGUGAGUGGGCGAUCUGUACAGGAGCGCUGCAAAAAGAAAUUCAAAGAAAGGACCACACCACCUCUGAAAGCAGGGCACCCUGCAGCCAUCACGUGCAGCGAAACGAACCAGUCAACAAGCUUGAGCGCCGAGCAACUCCCCUUACUGGAGAAGCCCAAAGUGUAAAUCAUUUAAUGAGCUAGAGAAAGGACGAGCAACAGGAAAACGGGAGGCAGAACCUGGUAAACGGUUCGGGAGACGAGGAAGGGGUGGAAGGGAAGAAUCGGGAGGCGUUAUGUGCAUGGACCUGCCUCACGCCAUGCAUGUUCAUCGCCGUGUACUACAAACACGCACUCACCCAAGGGUUUUUGUUUUUUUAAUAAAACAAGGGAACCAAAGAAAGGGCCACUUAGCAACCGUGCGAUGCACAGGACCCAAGCCCUCUGAGGGCGAACCCGUAACAGACCAUCGAGAGGCCGUGGCGGCGCCUCUCGCAAAAUCAGGCCUCGCGCUGGAUGGGUCAGGCGAGCAGCAGGCGCAGCAGCUGGUGGCAGCCGGGAGUGACCUUCCUUGGGACCUCUGUUCACCCAGGGAGCCUCGCCACCCCUCGAGCCCUGGCAGCCCAGCCCGGGGCGGGCGGGCACAGAUCUGAGAAACUAAGAGGACGAGAAGGCCCUGGAGACAGGGAGGAGAGACAGCCUUCUUGGCGAUGCUGUAACAAGUCUUUGUUUAAUGGAAACAGUCACCACACUGAGCUCGCCCUGCAUGUUACGGCCAACAGUCAGUCACAGCCACGAGCCACGCUCCGCGGCAACGGUAACAACAGCCCGACGAAGGCGCGUCGGCCUUCGCGCCCACGGCCACCACCGGUCGGCUGGGCAGCGCGGGAGUCCAGGCUUCGGGCACCGCACCAGACUCCACACUCCAGGGUGCUGCUGGCCUCCCCAGAGCUCCAAGGUGCUGUAGAAGAGGUGCUCCCAAGCCUGAAGGAAGGUGGGGUGUCCGUCUACUACACAAGCAGGACUUCCCACACCGAAGGGGUCAGCUCGCUCCUGGACAAGGUGGAUGAAGCGUCAUCGGACCCUGUCCCGGAGUCCUGGAGGUCAGACGUCACCUUCUCUACUCCCGCCUUGUACAUCUACACUUCUGGAACCACAGGUCUCCCCAAGGCUGCGACCAUCAACCACCACCGCAUCUGGUACGGAACUGGGAUCAGCAUGGCCAGCGGCUUGCGGAGCGACGACGUGGUCUAUACCUCGCUGCCCCUGUACCACAGCGCCGCGCUCCUGGUCGGCUUGCACGGCUGCAUCGUGUCCGGUGCGACAAUGGUUUUGCGGAAGAAAUUUUCAGCCAGCCAGUUUUGGGACGACUGCAGAAAAUACAACGUGACUGUCAUUCAGUAUAUCGGGGAGCUGCUCCGGUAUUUGUGCAACACACCCCCGAAACCAAACGACCGGGACCAUAAGGUGAGGAUGGCCCUGGGCAAUGGCUUACGUGGAGAUGUGUGGAGAGAAUUUAUCAAGAGAUUUGGGGACAUACAGAUCUACGAGUUCUACGCAUCCACAGAAGGCAACGUCGGGUUUCUGAAUUACCCGAGGAAGGUUGGCGCGGUCGGCAGAAUGAACUACCUGCAAAGAAAAGUCGUGCGUUAUGAGCUGAUUAAAUAUGACGUGGAGAAAGAUGAACCUGUCCGAGAUGAGAACGGCUUUUGCAUCAGAGUCCCCAGAGGUGAGGUUGGACUGCUGGUUAGCAAAAUCACACAGCUUACGCCCUUUCAUGGCUACGCCGGAGGAAAGAGCCAGACAGAGAAGAAGAAACUGAGAGACGUCUUUAAGAAAGGGGAUGUCUACUUCAACAGUGGAGAUCUCUUAAUGAUCGACCAUGACGGUUUCAUCUACUUCCAUGACAGAGUGGGAGAUACAUUUCGGUGGAAAGGGGAGAACGUGGCCACCACUGAGGUCGCCGACAUCGUGGGCCUGGUUGAGUUCGUCCAGGAGGUGAAUGUGUAUGGGGUGCCCGUGCCAGGUCACGAGGGCCGAAUUGGCAUGGCCUCCAUCAAGAUGAAGGAAAACUAUGAAUUUGAUGGACAGAAACUCUUUCAGCACAUUGCUGACUACCUGCCCCCCUAUGCGAGGCCACGCUUUCUGCGAAUACAGGACACCAUCGAGAUCACUGGAACUUUUAAACACCGCAAAGUGACCCUCAUGGAGGAAGGCUUUAAUCCCACCGUCAUCAAAGAUGCCAUGUAUUUCUUGGAUGACACGGCGAAGAUGUACGUGCCCAUGACCGAGGGCAUUUAUAAUGCCAUCACUAACAAAACUCUGAAGCUGUGAGCAUUCCCAGGAGGGUGCCUCAUCACCUUUCAGGAAGAAGCUGAAAUGGACCUAGUACAGCCACUUGAUAUAACUUUAAUUUGAUUGAAGAUAAAGGGGGGCAGUUUUUUAGGAAAUUAUGCAUACCAGUAAAGGAAGAGUUUUUCCAAACUUACACCUCAACUUUU